AUGGAGACGACAACAUGGCGGCAGAGUCGCAUACCCAUAGAGGAAACCUGAAAGACCAAGAACCAUCCAGUCUCACUUACCUCUUCGUUGCCCCUUCUCCUCCUUCUCACAGGAGGCAAGACAACUCCGAAGGAACAAGUAGAGAGCAAAAGCCAGAUAAAAGUAAUAUCCAGAGUGCUCCCCUUGGACUUGUGUUCCAGGUGGCUGAUGCUCAUCCAGGCAGCCUCAAGCCCCCUGAUGAAGACGAGGGACAGCGGGGACUGCACCAUGAACUCCGGCUCCUGCCUGAGCACCAGCACAGUGGCUGUCCCCACUGUCACUGGCAGCAGUGUGGCGCUGAGUGCCUGCAGCAGCAACACCAGUGCCCGCCCUGCCAGCUUGACGGACACUCGCAUGUGCUUCUCAAAGAAGCAAGACAAAGUGAAGAAGAGGGUCAUCUGGGGCAUUGAGGUGGCCGAGGUGCUGCAGUGGCAAGGCUGGACACUCGGGAAGGAGAUCACCAAGAGCCUGGCUCUGAAAAAUCUGUCCUUGAAAACCCAAAAGAUGACGUACAGGUCCCCCAAGACCAAGUUCUUCUUCACAGUCAUCCCCCAGCCCAUCUUGCUGAGCCCGGGCAUAACCUUCACACUCCCCAUUAUCUUCCGGCCUCUGGAGGAGAAGGAGUACAUGGACCAGCUCUGGUUUGAGAAAGAAGAGGGAAUGUUCUGUGUGGACCUGAGGGCCACCCUGCCUUGCCACAGUCUGAUCUGCCCACCGUCCCUGCAGUUGCCCAUGUGUGCCGUGGGGGACACGGCCGAGGCCUGGUUCUGCCUGGAAAAUGUGGGGGACCUGCCCACCUUCUUCACCUGGGAGUUCUCCAGCCCAUUCCAUGUACUGCCCACCACGGGGCUGCUGGAGCCAGGCCAGGCUUCCUACACCAAGGUGACCUUUCACCCCCUUUUGGCCAUCAUCUAUGAAGUUCAGGCCACAUGCUGGUAUGGAGAGGGCAGUAAGCAGAAGAGCAGCAUCCAGUUGCAGGCUGUGGCCAAAUGCGCCCAGCUGCUGGUGAGCAUAAAGCAGAAGCGACCAGAGGACCAGGAUGCAGAAGGCAUCCAGAAAGUGCUGCACUUCGGCACCGUCGCUGUGGGCUGCACCGCUGAGAGGCAGAUCAAGCUCUAUAACCCUUCGGCAGUGAGCGCCCCCUUCCGGAUCGAAGUAGCCUCAGACAUGCUGGCCAAAGAUCAUACCUUCUCGUGCCCCACGACCAAUGGCAUUGUGCCUCCAGGAGGGGAGAAGUUAGUGUCCGUGUCCUUUCACCCCGAGACCUUGGACGUCAGAACUAUCGACUACUUGUCCAUCAUGCCAUCUGGCUGUGCCUCCCAAACCCUGCUCAAAGUCGUCGGUUUCUGUAGAGGUCCUGAUGUGUCCCUGAAACACGGCUCUGUCAACUUCAGCUGGGUCAACCUUGGGCAGAUCUCGGAGCAGUCCCUGUGGAUUGAGAACAAGUCGGACUGCACAGCCUACUUCCAGUUUGCCAUUGACUGCCAAGAGAGUAUCUUCGGCAUCAGACCAGCCUUUGGGACCCUGGUGGGCAAGGCCCGCAUGACCUUGCACUGUACCUUCCAGCCCACUCACCCCAUCAUCUACUUUCGGCGUGUGGCCUGUCUCAUCCACCACCAGGACCCGCUGUUCCUGGACCUGAUUGGGACCUGCCACUCGGACAGCACCAAGCCAGCUAUCCUGAGGCCUCAGCACCUCGCUUGGUACCGCAUACACCUGGCACGGGCCCUUACGUUCUACCCUCCUGACAUCCUGGGCAUCUUGCUGCGGGAGAAGAAGCUGGAGCAAGAUGAGAAUGGGGCCCUCAGGAUUCCCACUGAGGACCUGGCGGACGCGUCAGCCCUGAAGGAGCCUCUCAUUCCUCCUAUGACUGAGUACUUCUUCGAUGGUACCAGCGACCUAGCCAUCUUCCCCCCACCUGUCAGCAUAGAGCCCACUGACGUGGAUUUUGGUGCCUGCCCUGGGCCCGAGAACCCCAGCCCUGUCCCCCUGUGCUUGAGGAACCACACCAAGGGCACGAUCACGGUGGUCUGGACGCAGAGGUCUGACUGCCCCUUCUGGGUGACCCCAGACACCUGUGACGUGCCUCCACUCAAGUCCAUGGCCAUGCGCCUGCGCUUCCAUCCACCUUACCCCAACUGCCUGUACGCCGUGGAGCUCGAGGCCUUCGCUUUUUAUAAGGUCCUGCGGAGCUACAAUAACAUCGAGGAGGACUGUACCGUGUGUCCCUCCUGGUGCCUGACCCUCCGGGCACGAGGCCACAGCUAUCAUGCUGCCCUGGAGCACCACAUCCCUCAGUAUUCCUUGCACGCCCCCAAGCUCUUUCCUGCAGUGUCCCCCAACGAACCCUCCUACCGUAGCCUGCUGUUGAUCAACAAAGGCUCCAUGGUGUUGACCUUCAACUUGGCCCCCCAAAGCAGCUCAGACAUCUCCCUGCGUCCCAGCUCUGGCCUCGUGGCCCCCAGGGCCCACCAGAUCUUCCUCGUCUGUACCUACCCCAAGGGCAAUUCCUGGAAGCAGCAUGUUUUCUACUUGCAGUUCAAUUUUUGCCCCCGGUAUCUCAAGGAGGUAAGCAUGCAGAGCCGGGAGGAGGCUCUGCAGCUGAAGCUGGACACCUGUAAGCGUGUGUUCUUCAAGCCCACCUGGGUGGGCUGCUCCUCCACCAGCCUCUUCACCUUCCGCAACCCCUCGCGUCUGCCCCUGGAGUUUGAAUGGAGGAUUUCCCAGCCGCACCGAAAGAUGCUGGCCGUCCAGCCUGCUCGGGGACUUAUCCAGCCCAGUGAGAGCCUUACGCUGACGUGGACCUUCAGCCCUCUGGAGGAGACCAAGUACCUGUUCCGAGUGGGGAUGUGGGUCUGGGAAGCCGGUCUGCCCCCAGACACCAAGCCCCCCGCCACCACCCACUACAUGCUCCGGCUGGUGGGUGUCGGCAUCACCAGCAGCCUCUCCGCGAAGGAAAAGGAGCUGGAUUUUGGGAACGUGCUGGUGAACAGCAAGCAGUCCAGGUUGCUGAUGCUUCUGAACGAUGGCAACUGCACUCUUUAUUAUCGCCUGUUCCUGGAGCAGUGCAGCCCUGAGGUCGUGGACGACAGCCCGCUCGCCUUGCAGCUGGACCGCACAGAGGGGAGCAUGCCACCCCGGUCGCAGGACACCGUCUGCUUGACUGCUUGUCCCCACCAGCGGUCCCAGUACUGCUGGAAGAUCAGCUACUCUCUCCUCUCCCACAGAGGUGACGAGGCUGGGAAGAGGCAGGAGCUGUGUCGCGUCUUCCUGACGGCUGUGUACCCCUUACUCUCCAUCCUGGAUGUCUGCUCCAUGGGCAGCGCCAAGGGCAUCACCCGGAAACACCUGUGGCGCCUCUUUUCCCUGGACAGUCUCAACACUUACUUGGAGCGUGACCCCACGCCCUGGGAGCUCACCUACAAGGUGCCCACCCGGCACAGCACAAGCCAGAUCCCCACCGUCUUCACCCCUCUGAAGCUUGACUUCAAUUUUGGGGCAGCACCAAUAGAGGUCCUACCCUCAGUGGUGCUCUUGGCCCUGAAGAACAGCGGAGUGGUGGCCCUGGACUGGGCCUUCCUCUUUCCAAGUGACCAGCAGAUUGACCUGGAGCUGUGGGCACAGCAAGCAGAGUUUGACGCCACCGAGCUUCACCAAAUGCGUGUGCAGGACAACUGCGUAUUCUCCAUCAGCCCCAAGGCUGGGAGCCUGAGUCCUGGGCAAGAGCAGGUGGUGGAACUCAAAUACAGCCAUGUGUUCGUGGGCACCGAUCGCCUCCCAGUGCUCUUCAAAGUGUCCCAUGGCCGGGAGAUCCUGCUAAAUUUCAUAGGUGUGACAGUGAAGCAGGAGCAAAAGUACGUGCACUUCACCUCCACCAGCCACCAGUUCGUCCCUGUCCCCAUCGGCGACACACUGCCCCCAAGGCAGAUUUAUGAGCUGUAUAAUGGUGGCUCGGUGCCCGUGACAUACGAGAUCCAGACGAACAUCCUGUCGCAGGUUCAGGAAAAAAAUUUCAAUCACCCCAUCUUCAGCUGCCUCAACCCCCAAGGGGAGAUCCAGCCAGGCACAACUGCUCAGGUCUUAUGGAUCUUCUCACCUAUUGAGGCCAAGACCUACACGGUGGAUGUGCCCAUACACGUCCUGGGAUGGAACUCAGCCAUGAUCCGCUUCCAGGGAGUGGGCUAUGAUCCCCAUGUCAUGGGGGACACAGCCCCAUUCCACAACAUCUCCUCUUGGGAUGACAACCCCAAGCAUACUAGGCUGAUGGUUCCUGGACAGAAUGUCUUCCUGUCCCAGUCCCAUAUCUCGCUGGGAAACAUUCCUGUGCAGACCAAGUGCAGCCGCCUGCUGUUCCUCAACAACAUCUCCAAGAAUGAGCCAGUUGUCUUUGAGUGGCAGCUGAAGCCUCUAGACUUUGGGGAGGUGUCUGUGAGUCCCAUGACAGGGAAGGUGGCUCCUGAAGAAACAGUCCCAUUUGUGGUGACCUUGAAGGCCUCAGUGCAUGCCAGCUUCUACAGCAUAGACCUGGUAUGCAAGGUACACCGACAGAAACUCCUGAAUCAGUACCAUGAGGAACUACAGGAGUGGAAGGAUGAGGAAGUUCGGCAGGAAGUGGAGUUCACCAUCACAGAUAGGAAAGGGAAGACGCUGCCCCCCAUCAAGAAUCAGCAGCCUCUCAACCGGCCUGUCAGCUGGAACCUUAAGAUCCCAAAGAAGAAGAUAUUCUGGCUCUGUCCCCAGCCACCCUCGCCAGACAUGCUGUGCUUGGGCCUCACGGCCCGUGCUCAUGCCACUGACUACUUCCUGGCCAACUUCUUCUCCGACUUUCCCCGGCACUUCCUGCACCGGGAGCUGCCAAAGAGGAAAUACCCCAAGGAGGAGUUGGAGGCUUCUGAGGGAGAAUCCGCAGACAAUUGGGCCCCCGUCUCCAAGCAGGAGAAGCAGCUCCUGAUUGACUGUCUCACCGCCAUCAUCAGGGGUCUGCUAGAAGACAAGAUCUUCCAUGAGGCUGUGGACCAAAGCCUGGUGGAGAAGAUGCCUUACUUCUGCCAGUUCUGGAAUGAGCAGUCAGCCAGGUUCACGGCCCAGAACAACACCCUGCAGUUAGCACCAGUCCUGUCUCCAUCCUCCAGCAGCUGGGAGGCCAGCAGAGACAAGGAGUCUGAGGACGACAAACUGAGGCUGGAGAAGAAAAUGGAGGAAGAGGAGGAGAAGAGCGAAGAGGAAGAGGAGGAGCUGGAGGAGGAAGAGGAGGAAGAGGAGGAGAUGGAAGAGGAGGAGACAGGCAGGGGGGAGGAGGAGGAGGAGGAGGGGGAGAAGGAAGACAAGGUGCCCUGGAUGGGGACUGAGCCCACACUGCAGCCCACGGCCCAGGAGUCCCUGAAAUGGCGGUGGCAGCAGCAGCUGAAGGUCAUGGUGAAAGAGGAGCAAGAACAGGAUGAGAAGGAGACGACCAGCCGGCUCCCGGCGUUCGCCAACCUGCAGGAGGCGCUGCUGGAGAACAUGAUCCAGAACAUCCUGGUGGAGGCGAGCCGCGGGGAGGUGGUGCUCACCUCGCGGCCGCGCGUCGUCGCCCUGCCGCCGCUCAGCGUUUCCAGGAUUGAGACUCCCGACUUGCUUUCGGCGGCGGCCCUCGGGCUGCAGCAUGCCGAGGUGCCCCGCCUGGUGGCGCGGCCCCCUACCGACUCUUUGAGGAUGCCACAGCCCAGCCCCUCCGACUUGCUGCCCUCAGGGCCCCCCUCUCCACCGCCCCACCACUAA